AUGCCCCAAACACCAGCGGCCUUAUCAGGGCGAGCCAUAUCAUGUUAUCCCGCUCAGCCUCUAUCGUCACCUCGGAGGGAACCUCUAACGGGAGGUAUUCUUCAAGGUCCACCAACUCCAGAAGUCACACUGCGAGCCGCUCCCGUCCACGGACAGGAGCAACCUCGACAGGACACCCAGACAUACGCUCGAACGUGCCACAAGCUCAAGGUCUUCGCACCUUCCGAGAUUCUGUACAUGUCUACUGCUGCUGACUCGAAACUUAUUUCCAUCGUGGCUGAGAACCUUGAAGUUGAGAGGUCCGAGAUCCUCAUGACAAAUAUUGAUCGAAAAUAUUGGUCGGAGAGCAGUGGUCAUGACUAUGUGCAACAUCUUGCAUUCCCUGAUGAUCUGGAGUCACUAAAGCUCUCCAUUUCAGGGAGUUAUUUCGCUAUAUGCUGCUUCUCAGCAGUAAUGAAAUAUAGGGAGCUCGGUCUCAGUACAACGUUUGCUCCUCAGACUCUUCGGAUCAGAUUCGAGUCCUCGGAAGGAUCCAUGAUGAUCGAUCCUUCUACCCUCGCAUCACUUGAGCUACUGCAGAACCUCCACAACAACAAAUCUCGUGACAGUUUGUACGGAUUAAUGAACGAAACUCUGACCCCCAUGGGUGCCCGCUUUCUGAAAAGCAAUAUCCUCCAGCCUUCGACCGAUGUCGAAAAGAUCAGGAAGAGGUAUGAAGCUCUUACCGAACUUACUGUCAAGGAAGACCUGUUCUUCUCGGUUCGCUCAGCACUAAAAUCUUUUGUCGAUGCUGAUCGUGUGCUUGCCGCUCUUGUGAUUAUUCCAACUCGACUUGACUUUCAAUACAUGGAACAAUCAGUCAAUAAUGUGCUCAUGCUCAAGACCUUUGUUGAUUCGAUCAAACCAGUCUGGCAAGCGUUGACUGGCACGCAAAGUGAAGAGUUGAAAUUGAUACAGCAGCUAUGCGGCAGAGAAAAUUAUGUCGAGAUUGAAAACCUGAUCAAGUAUUGCCUCAAUGACGAUGUUGGUUACUCUUCGAAGCCCACAGAGCUUCGCAACCAAAGAGUUUAUGCUAUUCGAACCGGCGUCAAUGGCUUCCUUGAUGUUGCAAGGCAGACUUAUACCGAGAUUGGCAAGGACAUCUUCGACCUGGUCAGCCAGAUGAAUGAGGAAAUCGAGGUCAACCUCGAAUUGAAAUUCGACAACUCUCGCCAAUACUACAUCCGCAUCAACGUGAGUGAACUUCAGGAGCGCCGUCUCCCAGAGAUCUUCAUCAACACCUUCAAACGCGGCAAAUUCAUCGAAUGCCAGACCCUAGACCUGAUCAAAAUGAAUCAGAAGAUCAAAGAUGCUCACAACGAAGCCAUCAGCAUGAGCGAUCACAGCAUUCAGCAACUGAUCGGCACUGUGCGAACCAAGAUCCAGCCUCUGUUCAAGAUCAGUGAAGGAAUCGCCAUGCUCGACAUGCUUGCAAGCUUCGCCCAGCUCGUCACGACGAACGAUUACGUCAAGCCUGAACUUACAAAUGACAGAGACGCCAUUCUCGCCGUCAAAGCUGGCCGGCAUCCGAUCGGCGAGAAGAUCUUACGCAGCGGUGGUGGCGGCAGUGGUGGGCAUCAAGCGGCCUCCGCAGCCGACCGCUUCGUGCCGAACGACGUCUUUGCGACAGUACAGACCCGCUUCCAGAUCAUCACGGGUUGCAACAUGAGUGGCAAGAGCACUUACAUCCGGAGCAUAGCACUGACGACAGUGAUGGCGCAAACCGGAUGUUUUGUGCCAGCCACGUACGCCUCACUACCAAUCGUGCACAAUCUCUUCGCCCGCGUUGCCACAGAUGACAGCACCGAGGCGACCGUAUCGAGUUUCUCGGCCGAAAUGCGCGAAAUAGCAUACAUCUUGCGAAAUCUAAAUUCGACGACAGCGACGACCGGCGAUGACAGGACCAACACAUCAGCCGCCAGCGCCCUUAAUCGCAAUCGAAGCCACAGUACCCAUCACGCCACCUACAGCAACAACCAUAGCCUCGUACUCGUCGACGAACUCGGGCGUGGAACCUCGACGAUAGAUGGCCUCGCCAUCGCAAUCGCGAUAGCAGAAUCUCUCAUCGAAUCGCGCGCCUUCGUCUGGUUCGUCACGCACUUCCGCGAGCUACCACGCAUCCUGGCCGAGCGCGCCGGCGUCGUCAACUUGCACCUCACCGUCGACAUCAGCACUGGAACUGAUGAUUUCGAAGAAGACUCAAGCACCAAUGGCCACAAACCGACCCCGAGCCCUUCCGAUCCCUUGAAGAUGAAAAUGCGCUACCGCAUUGCGGACGGGUACGAGACGACGCGGUUCUACGGCCUUGCGGUGGCUCGCGUCGCUGCACUCCCGGAGCCGGUCAUCAGUCUCGCGACGAAAGUGAGUCAGCGACUGCACGAGCGGAACGAGGCAAAGAAACGCAAUCCGCGAGCGACGGCUGUGCUCCGCCGUAGAAAAUUGGUUUUGAGUUUGCGCGAGCAGUUGGAGCAGGCGAGGAUGAGAACCAGAACGGAGGCGAUGGACCCCGGGGAGCUGAGAGCUUGGUUGGCGAGAUUACAGGGCGAGUUUAUGUUGAGGAUGAGGGCUAUCAAUUUGGAGGCCGAGCAAGCGGCAAGCGGUGCGGACGUGUACGCAGAUGGAGAUGGGGCAGAUGAUGGCAGGGCGUCCGAGGUUACAGCUGGAGACGCUGAUGCGGGAGUCGAGUCUGAACGAUGUACUCUUAGUGGUGCUGAUUUUGACGAGUUUGACAAGAUGUGUCAAACCAGCAGUGAUAGCGUGUUGUGA